AUGUCAUCAGCAGCAGGAGGCGCAUUUAGAAGAUUUCUCAAUAGCGAAACGGGUCCAAAAACCGUACAUUUCUGGGCUCCAACCCUCAAAUGGGCUCUCGUUUUUGCCGGUAUCAGUGACAUCCAAAGACCCGUUGACAAACUUUCCGGAAUCCAAAAUCUAUCGUUGCUCGCAACAGGCGUUAUCUGGACCCGUUGGUCGUUUGUCAUCAAGCCCAAAAACAUGCUGCUUGCGUCUGUCAAUUUCUUCCUCGCCGGUACUGCCGGUUACCAGCUCUCGCGUAUCUGGAACUACCGCAUGCAACAGGGCGACUCCUCCAUGCAGGCCGUCGAUUACGUCAUCAACGGUCCCCGCCAACCCGAUAACAAGAUUCACAAGCUUCAGGGCUCUUCCAGCUCGGUGAACAACUCUAUGAGCCACGGCUCUGCUGCAUAA